UAUAAUUUUAAAUUUAAGUCAUUCUGAGAUGUAGCAUAUGCUGUUAAAUGUCCUGGGUUUUUUCUGCAUAGGAUAUAUGCUACUGUAAUAAAGCGUUUACCAUACAGAUUACUAUAUAAAGGACAUAAAGUUUGAAGACCUUUGUUUCCUUUUUUCUCUGCUUUAAGAAACAAUAGACCCGGCUCUUCGGUUUUUGCAUGCAGUUGAAUUCACACUCGCAAGUUACAGUAGAUAGGCCUACGUAACUUAUUCGAUAACUUAUAAAAAUUAUAAAUGGAAAUACGCCGACAAUAGUGUAUAUGUUUUGGGAAAAUAAAGUCAUCUAUACCAAAAAUUCAGUUUACAAAACAAUAAAGACCGUUGUUAAUAGAAAGAUAGCGUUUUGGAUGAGUUUAAUAUUUCGAAAAUAUCUUAAUACAUGGUCCUGUACAGGCGAAUGAGAGUGAAUUAUUUAUUAUUUUAUUUUUACCGCAUAGCCUACGUAGUCAUUUAGAAGCGUUAAAGUGGCUACAUUCAGUGAACUCCGGAUCAAACAAAAAUUUUUGAUUUGGAUUGUGUCAACACGACCCGAGACAAUUGGACGUGGCUGUCAUUCGGAUUUGUUGCGGGAUAUGUUACCUUUUUGUUCCUCAGAGUUCUGCUGUUUGUCAAAGGGUCAGUUUAUAUAUCAUGGAUCAGACUGGUCGCCUUCUCUUCCAGGGGGACUUUUCAUGCGUUCUACGGUGCAGGAGCACAGCGCCUUCAGAUUCGCAUUACAACUGUACAAUACCAAUCAAAAUAUAACGGAGAAACCUUUUCAUCUGAACUACAAUGUUGAUAACCUCGAAUCGUCCAGUAGUUUUUCUGUCACUCAUGCAUACUCCAGCAGAGUGGAGCUGGCGCCAUCACACUGUUCCCUCAGAGACACAAUGCCCUCUAUCAGCCCUGAAGGAUAUCCAUGUAGCCAACGAAAGAGUCUGCCACACAUCUGUUCCCAGUUCUCCAGAGGAGUUUAUGCCAUCUUUGGAUUCUACGACAUGAAGUCCAUGGACACCCUUACCUCCUUCUGUGGGGCCCUCCACACCGCCUUUGUUACACCCAGCUACCCCGCUGAUGGCGACGUGCAGUUUGUCAUCCAGAUGCGGCCGGAGCUGCGGGACACCAUCUUGAGCAUCCUGUCGCAUUACAAGUGGGAGAAAUUUGUCUACCUCUAUGACACAGAGAGAGGAUUCUCAAUACUGCAAGCCAUCAUGGAGUCAGCAGUGGCCAACAAUUGGCAGGUGACUGUUCGGUCAGUGGGCAGCAUCACAGAUAUUCAUGAAUACAAGCGCAUCAUUGAGGAGAUGGACAGGAGGCAGGAGAAACGAUUCUUGAUAGAUUGUGAAGUGGAAAGGAUAAAUGGUUUUCUGGAACAGGUUGUAACACUUGGGAAGAAUGGCCGAGGCUACCAUUACAUCUUGGCCAAUCUGGGCUUCUCGAAUGUGAGUCUAGACAAGGUCAUCCUCGGUGGCGCGAACAUUACUGGAUUUCAGAUUAUCAACCCUGGAAACCCUGUCGUACAGCAGUUUCUCCAACGCUGGGACCGACUGGAUGAGAGAGAAUUCCCAGAAGCAAGAAAUGCACCACUGAAGUACACGUCUGCGCUGACCCACGAUGCAGUCUUGGUUAUUGCGGAGGCCUUUCGGUACCUGCGCAGGCAGAGGGUGGACGUGUCUCGGAGGGGCCGGGCUGGGGACUGCUUAGCCAACCCUGCUGUACCAUGGAGUCAAGGCAUUGACAUUGAGAGAGCGCUCAAAAUGGUACAAGUACAAGGUAUGACUGGAAAUAUACAAUUUGAUACCUUUGGUCGAAGAUCUAACUACACCAUUGAUGUAUAUGAGAUGAAGCCAGGUGGGGGACGAAAGAUCGGGUACUGGAACGAAUAUGAAAGAUUUGUGUAUAUUAUGGAUCAGCAGGUUACCAACGAGUCGUCAUCUGUGGAAAACCGAACAAUUGUGGUCACUACUAUUAUGGAAGCACCGUAUGUGAUGUACAAGAAAAACUACAUGAAUCUGGAGGGGAAUGAGAGAUACGAAGGCUACUGUGUUGAUUUAGCUUCUGAAAUCUCAAAACAUGUGGGGAUAAAGUACAAGCUCUCUAUUGUAUCGGACGGAAAAUACGGUGCCAGGGAUCCUGAGACCAAGACAUGGAAUGGGAUGGUGGGUGAACUCGUGUACGGGCGAGCUGAUAUUGCGGUCGCUCCACUAACUAUAACACUGGUGCGAGAAGAAGUCAUUGAUUUUUCUAAACCAUUUAUGAGUUUGGGAAUCUCCAUUAUGAUUAAGAAGCCUCAAAAAUCCAAACCUGGAGUGUUUUCCUUCCUGGACCCCUUGGCCUAUGAAAUUUGGAUGUGUAUAGUGUUUGCCUAUAUUGGAGUCAGUGUGGUCCUCUUCCUGGUCAGUCGCUUUAGUCCCUAUGAAUGGCAUCUGGAGGACAUUGAUGAAGCCAAAGACCCCCAGACCCCUCCGGAUCCACCCAAUGACUUUGGAAUUUUUAAUAGUCUCUGGUUUUCCCUGGGGGCCUUUAUGCAGCAAGGAUGCGAUAUUUCGCCAAGGUCCUUGUCAGGCAGAAUAGUGGGAGGCGUGUGGUGGUUCUUCACACUUAUCAUUAUCUCAUCCUACACAGCCAACCUGGCUGCCUUUCUCACAGUGGAAAGGAUGGUCUCCCCUAUUGAAAGUGCGGAAGAUCUCGCGAAACAAACUGAAAUCGCCUAUGGGACCUUGGACUCAGGCUCCACCAAAGAGUUUUUUAGGCGUUCAAAAAUUGCAGUAUAUGAAAAAAUGUGGUCUUACAUGAAAUCUGCAGAGCCUUCUGUGUUUGCCAAGACAACACCAGAAGGGGUUUCCCGGGUACGAAAGUCGAAGGGCAAGUUUGCCUUUCUUCUCGAAUCCACCAUGAAUGAGUACAUUGAGCAGCGGAAGCCGUGCGACACGAUGAAAGUGGGCGGAAAUCUGGACUCAAAGGGCUAUGGUGUGGCGACCCCCAAGGGCUCAGCAUUAGGAAAUGCUGUUAACCUGGCAGUCUUAAAACUGAAUGAGCAAGGCCUCUUGGACAAACUGAAAAACAAGUGGUGGUACGACAAGGGGGAGUGUGGCAGCGGGGGAGGUGACUCCAAGGACAAGACAAGCGCUCUAAGCCUGAGCAAUGUAGCCGGAGUCUUCUAUAUUCUUGUCGGAGGCCUGGGGCUGGCGAUGACGGUGGCUUUGAUAGAAUUCUGUUACAAGUCACGAGCUGAAACCAAGAGACUGAAGCUUGAAAAUAAUAUACAGAACUUUAAGCCAGCGGCUCCUGCGAAUACCCAGAACUUCGCCACAUACCGAGAAGGCUACAAUGUGUAUGGAACAGAGAGUGUUAAAAUCUAGGGGAGCCACAGCUUGUUGUUGUAGAAACAGGACUUCUGCAGCUGCCAUCCUUGAGGCAGUGGACUUGGCUGCUGGUCUGGACCUUGUGGUGCUGAAAAGGACAUGUAUAGUGAACUGAAUUUGGUUCUUUUAGUGCCUUUUUGAGUGCAUUAUUGUAUUAUUGCUUUGCUGACAAUACAGAGAUCAUUAAGAUCAUUGUGAAACAAACAGGAAAGAAAAGAAAAAAUAUGUAACCUUGUAUCGCUACAGAUAAUGUAACAUGAAUACAGUUAACCUGAAACUAUCCCACAACUAUGCUCGAAGUCUAGAGGAUAGAGGCAAAUGUAUCCUCCACUAAAAGUUUUGAUCAGCAAAUAACAGAUGAAAAAAUAUCAUUUUACAGCCAGAUUUUAUUGGUGAAAUGUCACUACUGAAGCACCAGCCAUACAAUGUGCUAUUCAUUUCCAAAGUAGUUUUACAACAUGAAUCAUUAAUUCAUUGUUCUGAUAAAAGAAGAAUUUUCAACCCUAGUUUCAUGAUUUUCUUCAAAUUAUUUAGCUAUAUUUUAUGUUUUUUCUUGUUACUAUUUAAUUUUCUUUUUGACAGUGGUUAUGUUGUCAAACUUUGUUUCAGAAUGUAUCUGGUUAAUAUGGAGUGCAUUGUUUUGAUAAAUGAUUUUAAAAAUCACAUCUGACAUAAACUGGUGCCAAAGACACAUUUUAUGAUAGAUAAAUGAUUCAAGAGAAAUGGUCAAUCUGCGGUUCUAAUAUGGUGGCAUAUUGUUACUUGCUAAAUAUUUCAUGUGAACAGGCCACAUGGCUCUUCAGUUACCCCAAAGGUGACAGUAGCAAAUGUUUAUAUGCUGUUGUAUGCUGGGUUUUCUCUGCUUACACAUUGUUAUAGCGCAUUACAGGAUAGCUCUUUGAAAAAUAUGUAUGACAUUUUAAUUUCAUCGUUCAAGGUUCAUAGUUCAGUGAGUAAUACUAAUAGUUUGAAUGGUCUGAUAUUUUCCAAUUAGGGGCAGCUGAAGUGUAAUUUUCAUUUUCUACUGUUAUGAUUACGUCAGCUCCUAUUAGCAAACUGUGAUUCAUUCAUCUUGAAGAUAUGCAGCAAUCAUUAUUUUAUAAUGAGUACAACAUUUUCAUAUUAACAAGAAUGUUAAAAAAGUAAAGAAACAUGCAUUUGUUUUGUUCAUUUAUUAGUGUGAAGGUUUCACAAAUGUUUUCAGUUUUUAAAACUACAUGUAACAUUGGUGAUUGCUUAAUCAGCCCUACUGUAGUCAACAGUAGAAACUCAACUUUUAUUUCAUCUGUUUUUGUGUCCUUUUCUUUUUUAUAGCUUAGCUGCACUUGCAAAAUUGCAAAUGGAAAAUUGCAACUUGAAGAAAAAAAAAGAGUAGUAUCUGCAUGUGGGAAAAGUUUACCACACCUCUUUAGUGUUAUACAAAGAAUUUUAAUACCUUUUAUAAUAAAAGUGUUCAGAAAUCAA